AUGGGUUUCGGCCCAAGUUCUUGGCCUACACCCAGCAGGCCCAAAGGCACCGUGUUGAAGAAAUUAUCCCCUGAGGAAAAGCGAGAGACAAACCCGAUGAAGCUAAUGGCGAGCUCACUCAUCCACGUGCGCCCGCUAGCGUCCGCCGCUGCGUCAGCUUUUCUCCGCCCUUCUCGCCUGGUUCCCCAGCCGCCGGACCUCCUCAAGUGGGUCCGUCGAGAAGGCGGCUUUGUGCACCAAUCAGUAAAGAUUGCAUUUUUGGAGGAGGAGAAGCCCAAUGGCCUCGGGCUAGGGCUCAUCGCCUGCGACGACAUCCCUAAAGGCUCCGACCUCAUUGUUCUUCCCGAACACAUUCCUCUCCGAUUCGAAGCAAAAGACGGCCAAUCUUCUGCUCUUACUCAUUUAGCUCGACAUGUUCCCGAGGAACUGUGGGCUAUGAAAUUGGGUUUAAGGCUUCUGCAAGAAAGAGCGAAAAAGGGUUCAUUUUGGUGGCCGUACAUCAGCAAUCUCCCCGAAACUUAUAGCGUGCCCAUCUUCUUCCCUGGGGAGGAUAUCAAGAACUUACAGUAUGCACCUCUCCUUCAACAGGUAAAUAAGAGGUGCCGUUUCCUUCUUGAAUUUGAUAAAUUGGUAAGAGAUGCACUUGAAAAUGUCAAAUUGGAUGACCACCCUUUUGGAGGCCAAGAGAUAGAUGCAUCGGCUCUUGGAUGGGCGAUGUCAGCUGUUUCAUCCAGAGCUUUCCGGUUGUAUGGCAGUAAACGUCCAGAUGGGACCCAUGACGAUGCUCCCAUGUUGCUUCCACUGAUAGACAUGUGCAACCAUAGCUUCAAGGCAAAUGCUAAAAUUGUUCAAGAAAAAGAAGCAAGCAACGAGAACAUGCUCGUAAAGGUGAUUGCUGGAACACAGAUUAAACAAAAUGAACCAUUAGAGCUCAAUUACGGCUGCUUGAACAAUGAUUUGUUUCUUCUAGAUUACGGGUUUGUCAUUCCCUCUAACCCGUAUGAUUGUAUCGAACUCAAAUACGACCCAGCACUUCUUGAUGCUGCAAGCAUGGCUGCUGGAGUUUCGUCUCCAAACUUCUCCUCUCCAACACCAUGGCAGCAACAGGUUCUUCGCCAACUAAACUUAGAUGGUGAAAAUCCGGACCUCAAGGUGAGGAUCGGAGGAUCAGAGCUGGUCGAGGACAGACUCCUGGGCGCGUUGAGAGUCCUCCUCUGCAAUGACAGAGAAGCAGUAGAAGCGGUGGAUAUGAAGACACUGAAAUCUGUAACGGCAGAGGCUCCUCUAGGGAUAUCGAACGAGUCAGCUGCUUUCCGCAUCAUCAUUGCUCUCUGUGUAAUCGCUCUGCAGCAUUUCCCCACGAAGAUCAUGGAAGACGAGCCCCUGCUCCAACAGACAGUCUCUCCUACAACAGAGCUAGCCGUCCGGUACAGAAUCCAGAAGAAGUCUCUCAUCAUUGACGCCAUGAGAAAUUUCACCAACAAAGUGAGGAAGCUUUCGUCGCAGGAAAGCGUCGCCUCUCAAUAAUAUAACCACAACUUCCUUCUCCAAAUUCCAAUCCCGUUUAAUCGAUAGCUUCAAUUUUUCGUGUGGAGUUUGUAAAAAGAGGCCUCGUGAAUGCUUAGAGGCAAACUAGCCCCCAAUUUGGAAUCAAGAACUUUGAUUUGAAAAGUAAUAAGAUACCUAAAAUUAUCUUAAAA